ACGAUGUACUAACACGUCAAUUUGAUAUCGAGUACCUUUAUCUUGAGUGUGAGACCUUGGGAUAUCUUAUGGUUAUAAUUGCAAUCAUAAAGUAUUAAAGAUAAAUUCAAUAUAAGUGCUAUGUAGAUAGAUUUGUUAUAUAGUAAAAAAAGUAAUGAAGCAACUACGGACGGUGAUAGUGUUUGCUUGCUUAGGCAUGGCCUGCUGUCAUAUUUGUCUCAUAACUCCAAGACAGAGAGGAACAAUGGAUAUAUCGAUGCCAGGAAGUCCAACUUGUACCAGACAUGCGGAACCGUGUGGCGGACAAGACAUCGAGACGCCAAAGGUCACGUAUAUGGCGGGAGAAUCCGCAUUCUUCAAAUGGCAACAGAACCUGAAUCAUUACGAAUCUGGUUAUCCAGGCUAUAUGGACAUCGGUAUUGCCCGAUCAGAAAAUAGCACCGACUUUACAACACUGGCGGUUGUCACAGAUAAAUAUGUCCACAGACAAGAUUAUCAACAAAACUUUACUGUAGUCGUAAAAAUACCAAGCAUUAUGUGUGAUCACUGCGUUGUGCGCAUGCGUUAUAACGCCCACAAACCUGGCGAAACCACUUUUCUGCAAUGUGCCGACAUCAAAAUAUCUCUUGGCUCCAAGUCCCACGAUGGUCUCAAGUUUUCUCAGAACCAUGAAGAAAGCCGAGCUGACAAACAGAAACUGUGGCCAUUAAAUCGCGCACUGCGGUUACGGAAACUUCACCAGAAACUACAAAAAGAUGAUGACACAGAAAAUGCUAUGAAAUUAUACGGUAUUGCAUACAAUCCAUUUGAACCCCAGAGGAGUCACUAUAUAUCGAUUGACACUAUGUCUGGCCAAACCGAAAUGGUCAACUCCUUCAAAUUUGGUAUCGAUGCUCCAGGUACAGGAAACAACACCAAAAUGUUCUUAUUGGAUGAAGUGCUGUCAAUAGAUUACGGAAGAAACACAACCAACUUCUUAGUGCAUGAGACCGGAAGCAGAGAUGAUGUUGCAAAGCGACUUUAUGUUGUUGGGACAUAUAAUGGAAGUCUAGUACAGUACACAGAUUUAUUCCAGUUCAGCGGAGGAGCUAUCAAUGGUCUGUCUUGGUACACGUACGGAACAUCGGCGGCAUUUAGAAUACAACCGGCGGAGACAGCGAAUAAUUGGUAUUUCGAGGUUGGGAUGCUGGUGGAUGGAGGUUAUAAAAUGGCGGCUCGUAUCCCCAAGCCAGAGGGUCUAUAUGUCAAUUUCCAAUGGUUCGAGACAGAUGUGAACAAUUAUCACAGGACCUACACUUUGAUGGGAAAUGAGAAUGCACCUGAUGAGCUGAACGCAAGAAUAUAUAUCUUUGAUAUUUACGAUAGUAUUUUCAGUAAGUUUGUCAAGUACACGGAACUAGAUGUCUCCAAAUAUACAUUUAUGUCUAUGCACUCAUAUCCCGGAAGUGACGAAUUAUACGCAUUUUCUCCUGGUCUAUGGUUUGAUGAUCCGCAUGCUUGGUAUCUAGUCGCCAUUAAUCCAAUGUCAGGAGAGGUUACGAAGAAAUGUGACAUUGCCCCACCUGGAAUAUUUCAACGAUACUAUGGAGGCACGGUUAACCAGGGAUCCACAAACCAUGGUGGAUAUCUGUACCACGUGCUACGUGUAGACGGCAGUGAUGCAGACCUUAUUGUGAAAAUUCAUCCUGGAACUUGUCAGAUGACAUUCUCAGAACCCACAAAUCUAAGGCACAUACACUCUCUUCAGAUGCCAGCCAUGUAAAAACAGGACAGAAAUUGUGUAAUUGGCUAAUAAAUAAACUUUUUUUUCGAGCUGUACCAUGUGGCAUUAUCUUAUGUCUGGAAAUAGUUUAUGAAUAUUUUUCAUAUUGUACGCACAGUUUCUUUCCAUCGUGCUUUAUACAAACUGUUUUCUGAUUAAAACACUUCUUUUAUCUGCA